CCUGCGUGCGGCGGAAGUGGCCGUGCGCGUGACGCCACUGGCAGGGGGCGGGGCCUGGGCGGAGAGCGGUUCGCGCGCUUCGGGCCUAGUCCGGACUCGCCGCCGCCGCCGCCAUAUUCCCGUGGCGUCUCUCUCACUUUGUCCCUUCUCGGGGCGCGAGAUCGUCCUUCCGGAGCCAUGUCAGAAGGAGUGGACCUCAUCGAUAUCUACGCCGACGAGGAGUUCAACCAGGACCCAGAGUUCAACAAUACGGAUCAGAUUGACCUAUAUGAUGACGUUCUGACGGCUACCUCCCAGCCCUCAGAUGACAGAAGCAGCAGCACUGAGCCUCCGCCACCUGUUCGCCAGGAGCCCUCUCCCAAGCCCAACAACAAGACGCCCGCGAUUCUGUACACAUACAGUGGCCUGCGCAGUAGGCGAGCAGCCGUCUAUGUGGGCAGCUUUUCCUGGUGGACCACAGACCAGCAGCUGAUCCAGGUUAUUCGCUCUAUAGGAGUCUAUGAUGUGGUGGAGUUGAAAUUUGCAGAGAAUCGAGCAAAUGGCCAGUCCAAAGGGUAUGCUGAGGUGGUGGUAGCCUCUGAAAACUCCGUCCACAAAUUGCUGGAACUCUUGCCAGGGAAAGUUCUCAAUGGGGAAAAAGUGGACGUGAGGCCGGCCACCCGGCAAAACCUGUCACAGUUUGAGGCCCAGGCUCGGAAACGUGAGUGCGUCCGAGUCCCGAGAGGGGGAGUGCCUCCACGGGCCCACUCUCGAGACUCUAGUGACUCUGCUGAUGGUCGGGCCACGCCCUCUGAGAACCUUGUGCCCUCGUCUGCCCGUGUGGAUAAGCCCCCCAGUGUGCUGCCCUACUUCAAUCGCCCCCCUUCAGCCCUCCCCCUGAUGGGUCUGCCCCCACCCCCGAUCCCACCCCCACCACCGCUCUCUUCAAGCUUCGGCGUCCCUCCUCCUCCUCCUGGCAUCCACUACCAGCAUCUCAUGCCUCCCCCUCCUCGAUUACCUCCUCAUCUGACUGUACCUCCCCCUGGGGCCAUCCCACCUGCCCUUCACCUCAACCCAGCCUUCUUCCCCCCACCAAACGCCACAGUGGGGCCUCCACCAGAGACUUACAUGAAGGCUUCUACGCCGUAUAACCACCAUGGCAGCCGAGAUUCGGGCCCUCCGCCCUCUACAGUGAGUGAAGCUGAGUUUGAAGAGAUCAUGAAGCGAAACAGAGCAAUUUCCAGCAGUGCCAUUUCCAAAGCAGUGUCUGGAGCCAGUGCAGGGGAUUACAGUGAUGCGAUCGAGACACUGCUUACAGCCAUUGCCGUUAUCAAGCAGUCCCGGGUGGCCACCGACGAGCGCUGCCGAGUCCUCAUCUCCUCGCUCAAGGACUGCCUUCAUGGCAUUGAGGCCAAGUCCUACAGCGUGGGUGCCAGCAGCAGCUCCUCCAGGAAGAGACAUCGGUCCAGGGAGAGAUCACCCAGCCGGUCCCGGGACAGUAGCAGGAGGCACCGGGACCUGCUUCACAAUGAAGAUCGUCAUGAUGACUACUUCCCAGAAAGAACCCGGGAGCACGAGAGACACCGGGACAGAGAGCGGGACCGGCACCACUGAACAGGGAGUCUGGUUGGAAGCAAAUGUUUUUAACGGACUCGCAUCUCCACCUUGAUCAGGACUAAAGGACGGAGGCCGCUCCACUCUCCCCUUGCUCCACUCCCCUCAUCCUCCUGACACCCAGGGACUCCCUCUGCCCCACAGGUUUGAAGAUGCUUGGCAGCCCUCUCAGCCCCACACCUCCUGUCUGCCAGGGGGAGAACCUAGUCCGUGUGGCUGGGAGGGUGGCAGACAGGAAGUAGGCUCUGUGCUGGGGCCCUGGUCCUCAGAGAAUGGUGCUUUGCCCGAGGAAGUGUGCGUGUUUCUGACUCCGGGAGCAGGCAGUGGUGAUGUUGGUGGAAAAGCUUCCUUCCCAAGGAAACAGGUCCUCCUUGCAGAUCUUGGAGGUGACGGCUGUGCCAAAAUAUGCAGGGCCCUGUCCUUAGCACUAGGUUUGAUGGGGCCAAGAGGGCCCAAGCCCUUGCUGAUGUACCAUUGUUAACGCCUUUCCCUUCCCUACCCUUUGAGAAGGGACCAGGAGAACAGACGUUACCUAGUGACGAGCUCCUCCUGGUCUUGGUUUUCCCUCUUGCAUCUUGUUAUGUCCCUGACCCCUAGAGGACGGAAGCCCUCUGGCUCCCUGCUGCCCAGCGCCUCUGGUCCUGCCCCUGAGCAGAGAGGCCUUGGGGUUGCUUCUCCUGGAAGCCCCGUGCCACGUUGUGCUUGGUUGUCUCUCGCAAUAACCAGCCCUCUGGUGUUCCUCUCCCUGGGCGGGUCAUGUACGCAUGGCGCCCUUCCCCCAGGAAAGCCGCUUCCUUGUUUUAGAGGAAGUUACUGCCGCUGGGAGACAGGGCUCUGGACCUCAGCAAUGCAGAAGCCUAGCCAAGUGUCAGAGGAGCAGGGAGGAGGCAGCCUGGGUGGGAUCUGGCCAGCUUCCCAGCCUCUCCCUUUCUCAGCCUAAGCUAAGCAUGGACUUGUGUCCCCAGGUACAUACUUGUACACAUCAUGGGGUGAGUGGCACUGCUAGGCAGAUGAAGUCAGCUUUGGUGUCCUUUCACCUUCUGACUCAUGAGCUCCACUCUACCUGAAGGUCUUUCCUGCCUCUGGUAAGCAGUGAGGAAGAAACGGAGCCUAGCCCAGAGUUUUAAGGACCAGCACUCAGGCCAUGUUCUACCCAGACAGAUGGAGUUGCUUUUCCCAAAACACCCAAAUUGUCCUGUGGUUGCCACUGAAGGAAGUACCAGCAGCAGGGUCCUGUAGUGCCCAGGGUGAGGCUACUCUGCAUGCCUCUCCAGGGCACCUGACACCGAGUGGGAGGCCGGAUGGGGCUGGGGCACAGGGUCACAGAGACCCUUCUCGCUCAGGGGAGAGGCUGAGUUGGACUGAACCCUUCCUCUGUUCCUAGCACGUUUCUGAAACACCCCUCAGUCACUGGGGAGCCCAGGGUUGGAGAGGCACAUUCCCCUGGGACAGGCUACAGACUGUAGCCUUCAUCCCGUCCCCCAGCCCUGUGCCCCUCCGCCUCAGACCACGGCACCCUGCCCCGCUGGCCAGGUGGUAAGUGAUGCGCUUACCCUUGAGAGCAGCUCCGUGUGUCUUUUUAAAAUGUAGAGAAAACCAAGUAAGGUGAGUCUAAGGAAAACAGUAUAUAGAAUAUCAGAGAAGCUGUUUACCUGGAGAAUUAUUUUCUCCCCAUUUUUUGUUUUUACUCAAUGACACAAUUUUUAGUUUUAUUUCCUGAUAGCAAAAGGAAAAGAAUCCCCACCCUAAAAAGGCCAAGGCCCCGUCCCCCGUUGUCGGUGAUUUGUUUGUCUUUCUGAUAGGUUGAAAAUUGUGUAAUAAACUUGAUGACGCUGUCAAUCUUUUA